AUGGAGCAGGAACCUGCAUAUGUUCACGGCAAUCCAUUUGCCAAUCUACCUAGACUUAGCAAGACGAUUGCAGGUGUACUAGGAUUCUUUCUAUUCAUAGGUGUUGCAUUCCCAGGUACUGUUGAGUACUUCUCAAUCAAUGCGUCAUAUAUUGCCCCUCCACGCUUCUUCCUUUGGACACUAUUUACAGCAGGUCUAUAUGAGGAAUACCUUAUAUCAGGUCUUAUCAAUAUAGCACUUCUACUUAUGUUUGGAAAGUACUUGGAGCCAAUAUGGGGCUCAACAGAGUUCCUCAAGUUCAUUGCAGUGGUCAACUUGGCAUCAGGCGUCGCCACAUUCUUCUUAUUCAUAUUCCUCUAUACCAUAUUCGGAAAUGAGGUACUCUUGUUCAAAACAAACACAUGUGGAUUCUCCGGCAUCAUCCUUGCAUUCUCUGUAGCCUUCAAACAACUCUCACCUGAUCUCCCAACACAACUACUCUUUGGUGGUACUGUUAGAGCAAAGUUCCUCCCUUCGAUAUUCAUAUUGGUCAAUGUUGUGUUUGCACUGCUUGGAUUACAAUCACGCACUCAAUUGCCAUUCAUACUAUUUGGUGCAUUGUUUGGAUGGAUAUACCUGCGAUUCUAUCAGAUCAAGGGUGGUGUCAAAGGUGACCUCAGUGAUGCAUUCUCAUUCGCCACAUUCUUCCCUGAUGCACUACAACCACCAAUCAAGAUUGUAUCAAACAUAGUGUAUAAGGUAUUGGUCAAGGUUAAGUUGUGUCCAAAUGCAACUGGAAGGGAUUCAUCAGUGUUGCCAACUUAUAAUACUGGAGCUGGAUUCCAAUCUGGUUCAUCUGGAUUGGCUGCAUCAUCAGUUGACAUUGACAGGAGAAGAGCAUUGGCAAUGAAGGCUUUGGAACAAAGAAUGGAUAUCCAACAACAACAGAAUCAACUACAACAACAGCAACAGCAACAGCAGCAACAACAGCAACUGGAGGAG